UUUACUCCAGCGGAGACUCUGCUCUUUUAUCUACUCACUGCCUCAACCCUUUUUCACUUCAACUCAGAAAUCCUUCCCAUACUCAAACAUUCACUCUCUCUCACUCUCCAACACUAUCUCCCUCUUGCUGGAAAGCUCACAUGGCCUCCACAUUCUGACCUACCUAAUAUCUCCUAUUCACCCGAUGACGCUGUUUCUCUUCUCGUCGCUGAGGCUAACUUGGACUUUAACCGUCUCUCAGGCGAUGAUAUUCGUGAGUCUCCCGAGUUACGUUGUUUAAUACCAGAGUUGUCGUCAUCUGACGAGAUUGCAUCAAUCAUGGCUCUACAAAUAACCUUGUUUCCUAAUCAAGGGUUUUGCAUUUGCAUCACUACACACCAUGCAGUUGUGGACGGCAGCACUGUAAUCGCUUUCAUGAAAUCUUGGGCUUAUCUAUGCACGCAACUGGUACUGGGCAAACAACACCCUUCUUUGUUGCCUGAACUGAUCCCAUUCUUUGAUCGGACGGUUCUCGAGGACCUAAUUGGAUUCAAAUUGUCUGAUAUUGUUGAAUUCAAACAACGAAGCUUGAAGUUGAAAGACGAUUCGGGAGUGAAUAUUAACUCAGUUCGAGCCACGCUGAAGCUGAGUCAUGAAGAUAUAAAGAAACUUAAAGAAAAGAUAUUGUUUCAACUGAAAGAAAAAACACCCACCAAACAGCUUCAUUUAUCGACUUUUGUGGUAACAUAUGCGUAUGUUUUAGUCUGUCUCGUGAAAGCAAGAGCCAUGGAAGAUAACAAAAACGUCAACUUUGCAUUUCUAGUGGAUUGCAGAAACCGUCUCAAUCCUCCGCUUCUAACAAAUUACUUCGGUAACUGUCUUGCUGCUCGAGACGCAUCAGUAAAAGCCAGUGUUUUCAGGGAGAAAAACGGGGUUUCAAUUGUCGCGGAGAAAAUCAGUGACAUGGUAAGAGAUAUUGUUGAGAAAGGACCCCUUGACGGCGAGGUGGAUCGUUUCAAAAGGAUAAAAAAUAUUGCGGAAGCAGGAGAAGAACUCCUUGGGGUUACUGGGUGGACCCGAUUUAAGUUUUAUGGAGUUGAUUACGGGUGGGGAAAACCAAAGAAAGUAGAGAUAAUGUCUAUUGAUGAAAGUGGAACAAUUGUUAUGUUGGAGGGUGGGGAUGGAAAUAGCGUUGAAAUUGGAGGGAUUUUCAGUAGGCAUGAAAUGGAGGCUUUCAAGUCUCUGUUUAUAUCCGGUUUACAGGAUCCUCGAAAUCGGCUGUAACAUUGCAUUGUUCCUCCAUUUCAUUUUUAUAUUUUAAUUAAUGUUAUAAUAAGUUGGACGUCUCUGGGGUCUC